AUGGCGUCGUCGGCGGCGAAGAGAUGCCACUACGAAGUACUCAGUCUUCCCAUCGACUGCACCGCCGACGAGAUCCGCUCCUCCUACCGCCGCCUCGCCCUUCAGCGCCACCCCGACAAGCUUGUAAAAUCGGGUCUCUCCCAAGAGGAAGCUACCGCGCAGUUCCAGGAACUCCAACAUGCCUACGAAGUCCUUUCCGAUCCCAAGGAACGUGCUUGGUACGAUUCCCACCGUUCCCAAAUCCUAUUCUCCGAUCCCAAUUCUCUCUCCAACUCCCGCUCCAACCUCCUCAUCCCCGACCUCUUCCCCUUCUUCUCCAACACCGUCUAUUCAGGUUACUCCGACACUGGAAAGGGCUUCUAUAAAGUUUAUUCCGAUGUUUUCGAUAAAAUCCACGCUAAUGAAAUCAAUUUCGCGCGGAAAAUGGGGCUGGGAGUUGAUGCUGUUCGACAGGCCCCUGUCAUGGGGAACUUGGAAAGCCCCUACGCGCAAGCUACUGCGUUUUAUGCAUAUUGGCUAGGGUUUUGUACUGUGAUGGAUUUUUGUUGGUUGGAUGAGUAUGAUGUUAUGGCGGGGCCUAACCGGAAGUCCAGGCGGCUUAUGGAGGAGGAGAAUAAUAAGGUGAGGAGGAAGGCGAGAAGGGAGUAUAAUGAUACUGUGAGGAGGUUGGGGGAUUUUGUGAAGAAGAGGGAUAAGAGGGUGAUUGAUAUGAGGUUGAAGAGGAGUGUGGAGAUGGAGAAGAAGAAAGAGGAGGAAAGGGAGAGGAAGAAGAAGUUGGAGAAGGAAAGGAAGGAGAGGGCCAUGGCGUAUGAGGAGCCUGAUUGGGCUAAGGUCGAAGAGGAGGAGGAGGAGGUGGUGGAGGAAUGGGUUGAGGAGGUGGAGGAGAAGAAGAAUGAGAAGGAGUUUUAUUGUGUGCUGUGUGGGAAGAAGUUUAAGAGUGAGAAGCAAUGGAAGAACCAUGAGCAGUCCAAGAAGCACAAGGAGAGGGUUGCGGAGUUCAGGGAUUCCAUUAGUGACGAGGAGGAUUUGAAAGAAAGAAAUGAGGGAUUGGGAAGUGAGGAAGAUGGGGUUGGGGUGAAUGAUGAUGGUGGUUUGGAGGCGAGGAUUAGGGAUGGUCUUAAUGUUGAAGAGGGAGAAACUAGAAACGGGGCUGAACUGGAUGAUGAUGAUGAUGUUGAUGUUGAUGAGUUUUUUUAUGCUUCGAAUGUGAAAGAGGGGGAAGAUGCCAACGGGUCGGUUAAACUUGAUGAUGAUGAUGGCGAUGAAUACGAAGACAACGAUGAAAAUGGUGUUCUUGAAGCAAUGUUGGCUGGCCACAAGAACAGAAAACCACGUGCUUCAAUACACAAACCCAAGGUUUCAAUAGCUCCAUCUCAAAUUGAAAAUGAGAAUGAUGAGGUUGACCCAAUGGAAUAUAACAACCGGAAGAGCACAAGAAAGAAACGUGGAGCAAAGAAAGAGAAGAGUAAGAAAAGUUGGGAAGAAUAUCAAGGGGCUGCUUCCAGUUGCAAUGAUGAGAAUUUAAAUAGUAAUGGAAAUGACAAUUCUCAUACCGAGGAGUCUUGUUCCCUACAUUUUGUGGAAAAUGAGGGUGAUGGUGUAGGGAACGAGCAGGUUAGUAGAGAUAAAAAGAUUUCAAACCAACCAGAUAAAAAAGGAGCUGGCAAAGACACAAAAACCAAAGCAAAAAUUUCAUCCAAAGGAAGAAAAGCAAAGGUGACAUCAAAGAACAUUAGCAAUACUUGUGAUACGUGUGGAGAGGAGUUUGAGUCAAGGUAA